AGAGCGGCGGUCAUUCAGAGCCCGACCAGCGUGCCGUGCACACUUUCACCCAGGCUCAGUCUCGCGCUCACUUUCGUACGAGAUCGCUAUAAAAACGACGAUAAAAUAAUAACGAGAACCAAUAUAUUCGCGAUUGUGCUAAAAUCUAAUCGAAGACCGGAGAGAAAGAAAAAAAGACAGAGAGGGAAACAGUGACUCCGGAAGAGGAAUUCGCGCCAUGGCCGGCGUUUGAGAUCGAUCCUUCAAGUGCGUAGUGACACGCGCGCGAAUUUUCCCGUUUUUCCCAUUUUUUUUUUUUUUUUUGGGAUCUACAUCGAGGCGAUCUUGCUGCGAGGAGCCGCGAAACAGAAAGAAUGUCAAAAUCAGGAAGCAUCAAAGAUGGCGAGAAGGGCCCUUACGAUCCGGUUCCUACCAGUGAAAAGGGCAAUGACGAGAUCAAACUGGAGGCGAAAAUGUCGCUUCUCAACGGCGUCACCGUUAUCGUCGGUUCCAUCAUCGGUUCCGGUAUUUUCGUCAGUCCUACGGGCGUACUUAAAUACACCGGAAGCGUGAACGCGAGUCUUCUCGUAUGGACGGCGUCCGGAAUUUAUUCCAUGAUAGGAGCUUACUGUUACGCCGAGCUCGGCUGCAUGAUCAGGAAGUCGGGCGCGGAUUAUGCAUACAUUAUGGAGACCUUCGGGCCUUUCCUGGCGUUCGUUAGAUUAUGGGUUGAAUGUAUGAUAGUGCGUCCUUGCAGCCAGGCCAUCGUAGCCUUGACUUUCAGUGUCUACGUCCUCAAACCACUCUUCCCGGACUGCACGCCGCCGGAUGAUCCCGUAAGAAUGCUUGCCGCCUGCUGCAUAUGUAUUCUGGCUUUCAUAAAUUGUUGGGACGUCAAAUGGGCGACGAGAGUGCAAGAUAUUUUCACAUAUGCGAAACUGCUCGCGCUUUUCAUCAUAAUUUUCACGGGAGCCUAUCAGCUUUGCACUGGACACACGCAAUAUUUCACAUUCGACAACACAAACACGGAAGUCACAUCUAUAGCCCUUAGUUUUUAUUCAGGCUUGUUCGCUUACAACGGCUGGAACUACUUGAACUUCAUAAUCGAGGAAUUAAAGGAUCCCGUUAGAAAUCUACCGAGGGCGAUUGCCAUUUCGUGCACUCUAGUUACGGUUGUCUACGUCUUCACGAACAUGGCUUUCUAUACGACGCUAAGCCCCUUCGAAGUGCUCGGUAGCGAAGCUGUGGCAGUGACAUACGCAAACAGAUUGUUCGGCGUGAUGGCAUGGACGAUACCGGUUUUCGUGGCUCUGUCCACGUUCGGUGCGGUCAACGGUAUUUUACUCACAUCCUCACGGCUUUUUUAUGCGGGUGCCUGCGAAGGUCAGAUGCCGGAGUUAUUGACGAUGAUCCAAAUUUCCAGGCUCACGCCCACACCCGCCGUACUGUGCAUGGCACUGCUCUCCAUGCUAUAUCUAUGCUCUUCCGCCAUCUCCGCUCUCAUCAAUUACGUGGGCUUCGCUACUUGGCUUAGCAUAGGUGUAUCCGUGCUAUGCCUUCCGUGGCUCAGAUGGAGCCAGCCAAAUUUGGAGAGGCCGAUCAAGGUGAAUCUCAUCUUUCCGUUCUUCUACAUCUUAGCCACCCUCUUCGUUACUAUAGUUCCGAUGUAUGCUAGUCCCGUUGAAACAGGAUACGGCUGUUUGAUGAUACUCUCCUCUGUACCUGUCUACUUCGCGUUCAUCGCGUGGAAGAACAAGCCGAAAUUCUUCCAGCAAGGAGUCGGCGCCAUCACCAAAACUUUGCAGAAGCUAAUGGUAGUCGUGGGGCCACAAAAGACAAAGGUUCAAAACACGCUUAAGCGUGACAAAGCAACUGCAAAAGAUAAUGCUGGUGGCCGGCAAAUCGAAACCCGCUCAGGUGUAAUCAGUCAAGACGUGUCGAAUCGAGAUCGGAAGGACGAUGACGAGCUCUCUUCGAAACAUAAACUCGAGGAGGAUUCUUGACGAUUUUCGAACCGCAAUCGUUGACGGAUAUCGGUUCGACAGAUCGAUUAUAUUUUUCUUCUGACUCUUCGAGGGUGAAGGAACGGUGUCCUAGGCAACAAGAGACAGCCAUAUUGUGUCAGGACGCCGAAAGGGUAGGAAAUGUCAAAAACUCGUGCGCGAGAAGCGAAGCGCGGCUCGUCUAGAUUCGGAUCUCGUCGUGGACUUCCAUCAGGAUCCGCCCGUUCGAUUACAAAAUUUUGAAAUAAGGCUGUUGUCUCUCGUUCCACGGCGAAGAGAUAUACGCGAUAAUACCACAUUGCAUGCUUUUAAAUUAAAUAUUUUUGCUAGAGAAUUUGCAAUUAGAGGAAUUUUCGAGCUUUGAUAAGUUAAUUAUAAAAUCUAGAAAAUCAUAAGUUAAUUAAAAAAUCAAUAUCGUCAUUAAAUUUCCAGAUUAUAUUAACGUUGUCGGUAUGGGACAGAUGUUUACGAUACAGUAUCGUGAUGUAAAUGUUACUUUUCUAAGCAACAGAUAACAUUCGAGUAUUUCAAUGGUUUAUUCGAGUAACGGGAGAGAAUAAUUAUAAAGGACAAAAAUAAUUGGUUAUUCAGAUACUUUUGAGAUAACAUGCUUGAUCCUCCUCGUUAACAGAUACCGAUGUCACGUUAUCACUAAAACUUCUAAAAAUCAUAAUUAUUUUAAAAAUUAUUUAUUAUUUUAAUUAAUUAUUAAAAAACAAUUUUUAAAAAUUACUUUUAAAUGAAUUUUGAAUAAGAAAUCUACGCACGUAUAUGAAUCACGUUUAUUACACAAGCCUUCUUCCUCAAAUUAGAUUAAUUACUAAAAUGAACAGAGGACUCACUCUAAAUUAUACACGUGAUUCGGAUGUAACGUAUACAUUAUUAAUUCAAAAAUUCGCAUUUAAGAGAGAUGCGUGUAUACUUCAAAAUAAUUUACGCGCGAGAUACAUAUCUUUGUGGGUGAAAAGAAAAACCAAUGGCGAUUGCGAGUCUCAUCGCGAUUAUAUCUCUCUCCGUGAGAUGAACUAUGUUAGAACUAGAACGGAAGAGCCGAAUAAAAAAGUAAAAAAUCCGAUCAGAGCGCGCGCCAAAAAGUUGAGAUAACGAUCAAAAUGUCACUGUAAUUAAGUAAACGUUGUUUAAGCUAUUAGUUUUUUAGUCCCAUAGCGUUCCUCCGAUAUAGGCGAUGUUUGCUAUACGUGUAUCGCGUUAUCUCAACUUCGUUAAUUUUUGGCACUCGUGCGCAAUUUGAAAACUGUACGAUCUUUGAGAAUCCAGCAUUGUC